AAAAAGAUCUGACUUUGGAGUGCAUUCCUGUUAGGUGGCCAUGUGACUGUAUAGGUGAACUAGGAAUGCCUGCCUAGAGAAGAGGCUAUACCAGGAGAACUUUAACGUCCUUUGCAACUGUCAGGUUUUGUGUUUCUCCUGCUGGUCUGUUUCUUCUUUAUCUGCCUUAAAUUAUCUUGUUUCUCCCAAGAUGCUUCAUAUUUCUGUCCACCAGAAAUGUCAGUGCUGUUUUCUACUGCUUGGUUAUAGAUUAGAUGCUAAAAACUGCAAGCGCAUCAAUCUUGGAGGAAGCCAAGCAGCUGGUUACCUCCAGCGUCUCCUCCAGCUGAAGUACCCUGGGCACCUGGCAGCCAUCACCCUCAGCCGCAUGGAGGAGAUUCUGCAUGAGCACAGCUACAUCGCUGAGGAUUAUGUGGAAGAAUUACACAAAUGGCGGUGUCCUGAUUAUUAUGAGAAUAAUGUCCACAAGAUGCAGCUCCCAUUUUCCAGCAAGCUCCUGGGCAGCACCCUGACCUCUGAGGAGAAACAAGAAAGGCGGCAGCAGCAAUUGCGGCGGCUGCAGGAGCUCAAUGCCCGGCGGCGGGAGGAGAAGCUGCAGCUGGAUCAGGAGCGUCUGGACCGACUGCUAUACGUGCAAGAACUUCUAGAGGAUGGCCAGAUGGAUCAGUUUCACAAAGCUCUGAUAGAGCUGAAUAUGGACUCCCCAGAAGAGCUGCAGUCCUACAUCCAGAAGCUCAGUUCAGCAGUGGAGCAGGCUAAGCAGAAAAUCCUCCAAGCGGAAGUCAACCUCGAGGUGGAUGUGGUAGACAGCAAGCCAGAGACCCCUGACCUGGAGCAGCUGGAGCCGUCUUUGGAAGAUGUGGAAAGCAUGAAUGAUUUUGAUCCCUUGUUUUCAGAGGAAACACCUGGAGUGGAGAAGCCGGUCACCACUGUCCAGCCCGUGUUUAACUUGGCAGCAUAUCAUCAGCUGUUUGUUGGGACAGAAAGAAUUCGAGCUCCAGAGAUUAUUUUCCAGCCAUCUCUCAUAGGAGAAGAGCAGGCUGGGAUUGCAGAGACUCUUCAGUACAUUCUGGACAGGUACCCAAAGGACGUUCAGGAAACGCUGGUUCAGAACGUUUUCCUCACUGGCGGGAACACGAUGUAUCCUGGGAUGAAAGCCAGAAUGGAGAAGGAACUGUUGGAGAUGAGACCCUUCCAGUCUUCUUUUCAGGUUCAACUUGCCUCAAACCCUGUGCUGGACGCCUGGUACGGUGCUCGUGACUGGGCCUUGGACCACCUAGAUGAUAAUGAAGUUUGGAUCACCAGGAAAGAAUAUGAAGAAAAGGGAGGAGAGUACCUCAAGGAGCACCGUGCUUCCAACAUCUAUGUCCCCAUCCGCCUGCCGAAGCAGGCCUCCCGCUCCUCAGAUGCCCAGGCAUCCAGCAAGGGUUCUGCUGCUGGCGGAGGUGGUGCUGGCGAGCAGGCGUAGCAGAGGCCCUCCAGAGAGGCUGUCCUGCACACCAUGCCUUGGGCCAUGUUGGCAGCAUGACAAGACCAUGAUUGUGCUAGAUGUAUCCACCCAAGUCUGCUGGUCACAUUUGGCAGCAAAAUGGAUUUCUCCUGGGGAGAACAAAGUUAAGGGACACUGAGACCUGUCCUUCAGAAUUAGGUUCACUUGGGGGCUUCUGUGGUGAAGAGACUAACUGGCCUUCUGAUGUCUUUGUUCAACUGUGACCGGCUGUGCAGUCAGCAUCCUGUAGCAGUAAAUGAAGACAGAAUGGAGGACACAAAUGUACAAAAUGCACAAGACUGAUUUCUUACCACGUUUUAGUCUUUUUUGUUUUAAAAAAAUUCUUUAAAAUUUAUCUUGUCUGUGUAGAUACUUUAUUCUUCUGGAUGUAUUCAGAAAUUGCAUGAAUGCCCAGCGAGGGGAGGUCUUUCACGCAUAUGAAAAGGUAAUGUUUAUUGCCAGGCACAGUGGCACAUGCCUGUUAAGGCCCAGCUAUGUGGGAGGCUAAGGCAGGAGGAUCACUUGAGCUCAGGAGUUGGAGGCUAUCGUGUGCUGUGAUCGCACCUGUGAAUAGCCACUGCACUCCAGCCUGGGCAACGUAGGAAGACCUUGUGUCUAAAUAGAUACAUUUUUCAUAAAAGGUAAUGUUUGUGCAAUAAAAGCAGUUGCCUCAGGAA